UCUCCGAGUACACGGAGAAUUACCCUAUCUAUUAUUCUUACCUGCCCAGAGAGACCUGCAAGCCCAAGGCAGUGUACCAGAAAGGAUCCAUACCCAUGGAAGUCCUGACCACAUCCAGGAGGGAUUUUGGGCUUCACAAAAUGGUACCAGUGAAACUCCACCAGCCUGACCAGUAUAUUCCAAGUGAAGAGAAUAUGGACUUGCUUACAACAUAUAAACAAGAUUUUAACUCCUACCCUGUCUGUCAAGUUGGUGCCAUCAAGCCUCGGGACAGUAAAUUUCCAUGUUGUGACAAGAUACGGUAUUUGCCUACUUACAAAGCUGAUUAUUUACCUUGGAAUCAACCAAGACGAGAGCUUCUUCAUCCACCACACAAGUAUAGACCAGCAUCUACCAAUUUUGAUAACAGAACGACACACCAGGAUGACUACUCUGUGAAGGGCCUUGUGAAUACCGUGAGCUGUAAGCCUCCAGCCAACCCAAAGCUCUGUAACAUUCCCUUGGAGGAUCCGACUAACUACAAGAUGAGCUAUGUAGCCCACCCUGUGGAGAAGCCCUUUGUGCACCAGGCAGAGUUUAAACCCUGUGAAAUCCCCUUUGAGAACCUCACCACACACAAAGAGUUCUAUCAGGGCCUGAGAGGGAAGCCUGCUAAGAGCACAAAACCUCCAGCCAGGCCCCCUGAGCUAAUAACUUUCUCUAACACCACUGAGUUUAAAGAUAAGUACCGAGCCUGGCCAACACCCCAGAUAUAUUCCAAAGCUCCCAUCACCUAUGUCCCUCCUGAAGAGAAGAUGGACCUUCUGACAACUGUGCAAACUCAUUUCAGAUACUGUAAGCAUACCCCUGCUCAGUCUUGCCGACCAGUGCUCCCGGUUAAGAAGAGCAGCCACUUUGAAAGCCCCACCACCACCAAGGAUGACUACAAGCAGUGGGACAGCAUACAAACAAAGCCAAUCAAACCCAUUCCCCAGCUAAACUUUCCUACUGAGCCUUUGGACUACCAGACCACCACUAAGACCUACUAUGUGUCCUACCCACCUAUCAGUACCAAAAGCUGCAAACCUGCCUGGGUUGGCCCUCGACAAAACAUCCCUGUGGAGGGUCAGACCACAUACGCCAUCAGCUUUACUCCCAUGGAAAUGGGCAGGUGCCCAGCUUCAUACAAAGAGCCCCCUGGCUACAUCUUUGAGGAAGUGGAUACUUUGGGCCACAAGAUGUAUAGGCCAGUUUCUCAGAUGGGUUCUCAGUAG